CCACAGCUGAUUUCCGGAAAUUCAAAAAUUUAGAGAAAAGAUGAAAACACACCACAAAAUCAUAAUUUUCUGAUCCUGGGGACAGCUCGGCAGAAAACGGCGAAGUUUCUUCGAAUGGAUGUGGUUUAUCAAGAAUGAACGGCAUCGGCAGCCUCCCAGUUUCAUGUGAACUUCAGUUCUGUAUGUAACAACUAGGUGACAGCAGGGUCAGUGGAGCGGGUUGCCUAGGUUUCUGAUCUGGUGGUAUUAAAGGAAGCCGUUACCAGGGGUAACUGAUUGCUAAAGCCCUCUCAAGUAACUCCUCGGCAAGGGUUUUGGUGCCAGACGUCAUGGAGGAAGCAGCAUCAAAAUCGAAGAAAGAAGCCUCGGAAGAUAAUGACUUGAGUCAUCUCAAAAAUGUCAACAAUGACCUUGGCAUUGACCUUCAGCAAGGCUGUCGAAUGGCGUUUUCACCGAAGGAGUCGCCAAUCUAUGGUGGAAACACGAUUGUUGUUGCUUUUGGUGAAAACACGACCCUGUCUCCUGACUGCGAGCUCUAUCUGAUCUUCGCUGGGGCCAAGAGGCGACACAUCACGCAGGGGAAGAUUGUCAAUCAGCAGACUCUACAAGCAACCAUUCCAAGUCAUAAUGCCGUCGAAAGUGUCCAACUCCUAGUUUGUAUGUAUCGCGACCAUUUCGUGACGGUACUGGCAACAUGCGAGUUUGAUUACAUUUACGGCAGCGUCCAUCACAUGGCAGAAUUCCUUGUGGAUACCGUAAAUAGAUCAGACGCUUUGGAAAAUUUAGACAACAUUAAAUCGGAUUAUUUCAAUUUAUCCGAGGAAUCUUUAUCAAGUUUAGACGAUCGGUUAUCAAGUGCAUUCACACAUAUCAGGAUACCGGAAAAUUGGAAUUUGCUCGGGACGGACGGAAAUCAAAUAGAGUCAUCCCCAAGAGAAACGUUGCUCCACUUUGCAGCGCGGCUAGGACUGGAAAAAGUUGCGUCCUUUUUAUUGGAUAAACCCGGUAGUGAUGCGGCUGCAUCGUUACCGAACCAUCAUGGUGAACUACCUCAGGAUAUAGCGAGGGAUCUUGGCUCGGAUAGGCUGGCGGAUUUAUUAUCGGAAAAUGGUCAUUCCAGUAUGGUAAAAUAUCCCUCAAUUAUGGAACCUCCUGAUUCUUGUUCAGUGACUAGAGAAGAAAAUGGAUUAACUACACUUUCUUUGGCUAACACAGAUGAUCUUAGUGAUGUAGGUGGUGAUAUUGAUAGAAUACGUCAGAUUAUUCACCCGACGACCCGUGGCAUAUCACCAGAUCCGCCUUCCAUUCAGCAAGAGACGCCAAGGAGUCGGUCGUCUUCUGAUGAUACGCCCAGUGAUGAGGCCGAGCGCAUCUCAGAUGAAUCCGAUGAUGAAGACGAUGAAGAAACAUUCCAAAAGGACCAAGUGCGGUCCAACUAUCAUGUUGCGUACGCCAAUCGCCCCAAACACCUGCGCCGUCAGUGUACAGACCCGGAAUAUCACCAUCGAAGUGUUACACCGUCAAUAUCAUUGACUUCACCUCAGUCGGGGAACACAGUGGUGCUAGAGGAGAGUAUCCGACAACUGCAUUCCAUCAACGAAGGUAUCAAUAGAUUCCGACAGCUUCAUCAGGGUUCAGUUCAGGAUGCAAGGAAAGAUCGAUUGCAACGGUUCAGCUCAUCGUGCCCCUCCUUGGCUGAACAACAGCAGCUGUCUGCCUCACCCGGGCUAAUAGCCGGCCCUCUUGAAUCAGGCUACCAUUCCUCCAUGCUAAACAUUGCUCAGGAACAAGCCGGGAAAUACCAGACCAAGGAUGCCAACAUGCUCGACUAUAAUCCUCAAGGAAUAUACAAUAUUGACUCCUCAUCAAGUGCAUUGACUUCGAAUGUGAAAAUAUGUAUUAACGAUGUGACUUUAGACAGUACAGAGGAGGUUUAUAAUAGUCAGCAAAGUGUUACAGAAUUUGACGAAUUGGACAAAGUGAAAAAGAAGCACCGGAGGAAAAGUUGGUGCCCACACUCUCAGGGAGGUAACGAUACGCGUGGUCAUCGAAAAGCCAGCAUGUUAGCUGUAAUGGGACGAAGUAUGAGUUUAAGCAGCCUUGAUAGCAACGAUGAGUCUUCAUCAACAGAGGAGGAGGAUGAUGACGACCAAUACCACGAUGCUCAUGAGUUACAUCCCCCAGGCGCCAUUUCACCCUGUGACCAGUCUCCUGAUACACCGUCACCAAUCAGUAUUGGCCCACCUAAAGCCAACAGUACCCCCUCUGACCCCUCCAUACCUCGUCCCUCCAGUGCUAUGAACAGUUCAGUCGGAGUUCGAUCACUUACUGAUGUGCGCUUUGAUCUUAACUCAGAUGAAAACUCUCAGACCAGUCCAUCCCCAAAGUUCCGACCAACACCUCAUCGAUCUCUCUCACCCGACGCCAGCCAAUCAUCGAAGACCAAUCUUGUCCUUCCCGGCUCUGGCAACCUGACCAAGUCGGUUUCAACGCCCUCUAUACCAUCAGCAAAAGAGGAGGGGAAAGAAGAUGCGGGUGAGCAAAGAGUGGCUAAUGUAGAGGGAUUGCCUCAAGGCAAAACACCUCUCCAACAACCAAUUCAGAAGCUGGUUGAAGAGCAUGAUAUUAAGCGUCGCCAAUCCGAACGAUUAGAUCGAACCGCUGACGACAUCCUCGACGGUGUGUUUCGAACUAAUCGUCGGAGGCGGGGGCGUCACAUGUCCAUGGUAGAAUUCUACCCACCACCUCAACAUGACUCUGGUCACUUUGAAGACGAUGAUAGCCUGAAAGAGGGCAAGGGCGAAAAGAAACGAAAAUCAAGCGUCUUCUCGAAGCUUGGCAGCUAUCGUAAGGAUAGGAAGGAUAAGAGUCGUGAAAAGGAACAGAAACGAAGUUCCCAUCAGUAUGUGUCUGUUUCGUUCAGUAAUUCCACUUCAUGUGAUGUGUGUGGGAAAUCCAUGGCGAAUAAAGCUGCUCUUCAAUGUGAAAAUUGCCUUGUGAAUGUCCAUGAGAAUACAUGUAGGGAUCAAAUAUCAGCCUGCACGAAGUUCAAACAAUUCAAAGUUUUGCAGAGGCAAGGGGGACCAGGCACAGGGUCAGUUCGCGCCCGCAACGUGGCGGGCAGUUUACCAGGAAAAUUUCGAGGCCAAUCCAGCUGGCCAAAACUGAGUGACUCGUACUGGUUUUCCGGCACUGGUCUUAAAUCGUCGCAGUCUUUCAAGGAAAAGAGAGUGGCGCCAUUACAGAUCAAGCAAAAUGUGCCGGUUUCGUCAAGCGGUCAGAAAACAACUUCCCCUCCAAGCAUCUCUGUGUCAAACACGAGUUAUGGUCACUUCCAGUGGCGGAGAGUUGCCACAAAGUUAGGCAUAGAUGAUCCGUACAUCGCAUACGAUCGAUGGCCUUUUAAAGUCAUCAAUGAAGAAAAUGAAGACAACCAAAAGGACUUGGACGGGAUGGGGUCGAACAUCAUCAACACAAUGUCGGCUUCGAUGGAGUCGCUGGAUGAUGCCGUCGAGGAGGAGUUUGACUUUGAAGAUGACACAGAACUCAUGGAGCUACAGGAGCCUGAUCCUGAGGCAUGGAGUAUCACUGUCGAUAAGAAGACGCUCAAAAAGAUGGCGCCUAAGGAUAUCAAGAAACAAGACCAUAUAUGGGAGUUGAUAUUGACUGAGAAACAUCAUUGUCGAACACUGAAGAUUAUGAAAACGAUAUUCAGUGGAGGCAUGAGUAAAGAGUGUCAGUUGACUCCGGACCGUAUUGACAAGAUCUUCCCCAAACUCGACGAGCUGCUGGACAUCCACCUGAACUUCCUGCAGGUCCUACAGACAAGGCAGGGCCAGAAGCGAGACAUGAGCUUUGAUAUUAUCGGCGAUUUACUUUGUGAUCAGUUUGGCGGCGAUAAUGGUGAGCGGCUAAAGGAAGCUUAUGGAGAGUUCUGCAGCCGACACAAGGAGGCCGUAGCGUACUAUAAAGAUAUGCUCAAAAACGACAGGACUUUUCAGGGUUUUAUCAAGAAAUGUAGCAACAAUCGAUUGUGUAAGAAGCUCGGAAUUCCUGAGUGUAUAUUGUUGGUGACACAAAGGAUGACCAAAUAUCCAUUACUUCUUGACCCUAUCAUCAAAACGACAAAAGACAAAAUCGACAAAGAGAAUCUAAACCGUGCCCUCGCUCUUUCCAAGAAUAUCCUGAAUGACAUCAACUACCAAGUGGGUCGCUAUGAGAAGGAGCAGAGGCUGCUCGAGAUCUAUAAUCGCUUGGAUGUCAAGUCGGUCGCAUGGUUCAGGGGAAGGAAAUUCAAGAAAUCUGAUUUAUUGUCAAGGAAGCUCAUCCAUGAAGGUGUUAUCAGUUGGAAGACCGCUCGAGGCAAAUUAACGGAGGCAAUCGCCGUGGUGCUAUCUGACCUCAUGUUCUUCCUACAGGAAAACAAUCAGAAAUACACGUUCUUUACUCAAGAUAACAAGUCCGCUGUGAUUCCCUUAUCUAAACUCCUGGUGCGAGAAAAGGGCGACACACACGACAGUCGGGGUAUCUACCUGAUCAGUCAGAACAAGAGUCAGCCGGAGAUGUAUGAGUUGGUGUGCAUGAGCAGUGAUAAGAGGAAAGAAUGGAUUGAACUGGUUCAGGGUGCGAGCAAACUCUGUCCUGAGGAAGAAGAAGAUGUCCCCUCAGAGAGUGAAGAGGAAAAAAGGCUGCAGGAAGAGAGAGCAGCCCAGGUGCUAACUCUGGUCAGACGACUCGAGGUCAAUGAUAAAGAAAUCAAGAAAUUCUGUGAUGAGAAGAUUAAGAUAAUCUCUAAGAUUAUGUCCAUACAUGGCCAUGAAGGAAUUCAGGGCGAGCUGCAGUCUCCAUAUCAAGAUGAAGAAAAGAAGGAAUUUAAGGAUCCAGAGGAACUAUUUCAGGCAGCUUCGAAAGAAGCAUCCAAACUUCAGGUCAUGAUUCAUGGUAGCUUCGCUGUCGGCGGUCUUAACCGCAGCGUCAGCAGUGUCGGUGAGCAAGAAAGUAUAGGCUAUACACCGACGCCUCUGCCAAAACGGGCAGAGACUUUCACUGCGUUUGACACAACAAGAUCAGCAUUAGCUGCCAAAAAGCGUGGUGUUUAUGCAAUCCGAGAUUCUGGCGGCCGGAGUACAAGUCUUCAGAACCUGAAUCGCCAGGAGAGUGAUAAUGACUUUAAUCUCACUGUUGAUAUGUCCAAGCAAUGGGCGAUGAGGCGCGGUAGUGCUGGUGUUCCUCAGGCAGAUAAAGCAGCUGCUCAAAAGGAUGCACGUAAUCGACGAAUGAGCACAAGUUUUCUCCAGAACUUCCUCUACAAACAAAAUCCAAACGACGAGUCGCGUGGUAGUGAUGGCGGCAGUGACAAGAGCUCUGUCGGCGAUGUCUCGUAUUCAUCAUAUCUAAACCAGCCACUAGGGGGCGCCCCUUGUCGUGAACUCGUCCAUUCGUUAACACAGAUUAUGCAAUACAUGCAUGGCAUUAUGGUUGUCAGUGGAAGACAGCGCACACAGAACGAAAGUUUAAAAACGCAGCUACUUGAUUCGAACCAGCAACUUGCCAAGCUGUCAUCAGAGGCACAGAAACAAAUGUUGGAGAAAAAGAACUUGUACCGGCACAAUCAGCAGCUGGAGGAGCUCAGAAGUCUUCAGCAAACGAUACGAAAGGAACGCGAAGACUGGGAGAAAGCCAAGGAGAAAGAGCGAUACCGGAUAGAACAUGAGAACCUGGCUCUUGAUGAGAAACAGAAAAACCUCGAUAAGCAAAAGGCUGAGAUACGUAAAGAAGCUGAAGAACUUCAACGCCAGAAGGAAGCCUUACAGCGCCAGGUGGACUUCCUCAAACUACAAUUCUCGAACGCCCACCAAUCAUCGAUACUAAGCUCAGGAAGACAUGAAAGUGAAUCGGGUAUCAGUGCGAUACCGCCAAAAAUUCAAACUCCGACAUCAUCAAACUCCACGCCUACGUCCCCAUCCAUUAACCAUAAACGAUCUGCAUCGGCAGAUUUCAGAAAAGACGAUGUUACAGACAGUUAUGAACCGAUGAAACCAGAAUACACGCAAAGUCUCAAGGAACCGCUGAACCGGAAAAGUCUCUUCGGAGACAAAAGUAGACCUUUAUCGGAUGGGACUCUUUCCGGUGUGUCAAAGAAAGAUUUACCACUUCAUUUAUUAAGUGCUACCAAUGAACAAAAAACCAGUUCGAUACGGCAGCAGUUACCGCUUAAACUUGCAGGUUUAAGUGGAAAGUCAAUGUCUGGGGGAAGUGGCUCUAUGACGAGCCCGAAAAUGUCUGGCCUUCACCACUCGAGUAGUCUUGUCGGACAACACCAGCAGAUUCCGAGUAAACUUGCCUCGGGGAGUGGUUCUGGAAAGAUUUCUCAUACUGCCUCUGUUCCUGCCAUGCUACCAAUGAAAUUAGCCGAAGAUAAGGGAAAGUCAAGUCGUUUAUCGUCGCCGAGUAUGACGAGCCCGACUGGGAAGAAAACAAAGGAGGAAAGGAAGAAAGAGUCUGAAGUCAUUUACUUUUGAAUAUUAUGAUAUUAGUCAAUGAUGGUGCAAGUGUGAUUGUUGACGUCGACCAGUGCUUGUUAGGUAGCUGCUUCCGUGUUAUUGGAUGAAGUCGUUGUAAUUACUUGGUUACAUCUGAUAUCGACUCCUUGAUGCCUCAUUUAAAAGGACUUUGGUUCUCUGCUGUUCCCCUGGAUGUUUUGCUGUUUCCCUGGAUAGUUUGCUGUUCCCCUGGACAUUUGGUCGUGUGGUCAAAAAGUGGGGGGUACAAUAGUGUCGUGAACCACACUCUCAAAUGAAUGGCAUCAUAUAUCUACUUAAGAUUUUAUUUCAUAAAUGGUUCUAGUAUAUUGCUUUGGUUUUUUGAGGGACCUUUUACAGGAAUCCUAUUUUAGGUUUAGAUAUUUGGGGUGUUUCUAUGCGCAGGACUGAAGGAAGUGAAGAUUGUAUAAAAAUGUGAAUUUACAAAUUUUUGCUAUCUAAAAACUCUGGUCUAAAUUAUAUGUGUACAUGUAGCUGCUUGAUCAGUGUGCUUCUAUAAUAGCCAGGUACAUUUGUACAGGGUGUAUGAAAACUGUCAUGAUCUUUUUGUGCAAGGCAUUUGUGGUGGAUGGUUUAGGAGUCAUUAGUGGUGAUGUCAUAGCUUGAUAUAACCUAUUUAAACUGAGAGAGAUUAAUUACUGCAUUGGAAUUGUUCAACAUGAAGGAGACACAUGUCCAUUAUUUUUUUUCUCACACCCUGUAUAAUUCAUUUCUCUAUUAUCAAACGACAUGUUAUGUACUGUGUAUUGUUAAACUUAUUGCAAUAUUGUCAUCCAAUGGCAUGAAUGAAUAACUGUGUAAAUACUGUAGAAUAUGAUGUAAAUGUUGUACAUUUUACAAUGAGAAUAUAUCCUGUAAAUAUUUAGUAGAUUUUACCAAAUAAUUGAGCAUUUUGUGGAUAUCCCAGACGAUCGCCUUAUAUCUUUUUGGGUCACUUGGGGAAAUCUUUUUAGGAAGUUAUCUGGAACUGAAUUUAGCUGGUCUGUGUAAUAUGAUAUGAUGACUAUUUAUAGAAAAUCAGCAUAUGAAACAACUUAAGUGAAUGAGAAGUUUCAAGAAAAUCCUGUGUUAAACAGAUGUAACCAGAUUUCUGAUAGGCUAAUUCUUCUUGCCAAUGUUUUGUUGGAGCAAUCAGGUGUCUUGUUAAAGCCAUUUCGUUGUAAUGAUGUUCCAGACUCCUUUUUUUAUCCUGUCAUGUUUAUUAUAAAGAACGUAAUCAUUUGUUCUAUUCUCAUGGGAUCUUUGCUUAUUAACAAUCACCUGACCAUUGAUUGUACAUUGAAAUGUUUUAAAUUCUUAUUUUAGUUUUAUCAACAUUUCAUAUGUGACCCGUCACAGGUUGAGACGGACUAGUUGUUGAUUUCACUGUUGUUUGCCUUUUGUGAAAUCAGUUUCUUCCGUUACCUCCUGGUGUGACUUAAAAUAGGCUCAUCUUCUGUGUGACAUGCACCUGGUUUUGCUGUGAUGGGUCACAUAUCUUUUGAAUCAUUUUAAGACGAUAUCAUCGCACUGGAAGUUAUACUGUUACUUGCUCGGCUGGAUAAAAUGUCAUGAUGAAGUUUUUUUACAUUCCGCCUUGUGAUUUGAAUUUGUAAAUAUUCUUGUCAAUUGAUAACCUUGAUUUCUCUAGCUUUAAGUUCAUAAUCUGUACAGUUUUGGUGCAUUUUAUAACCAAUUAAGGCCCCACUUUUUUUAUACUAGCUCUAUAUGUUGGUCGACAUUGGAGUUGUAUCCAGUAUUGCAUCUAAAACAUUCAUGCUUUAAUUUGUCUUGCACAAGCCAGGUACUUGAUGAAAUGUCUGGUCGGAAAAUGUCAGUGCUGUUCUUGUCCACCCUCGUCCAUUGCUAGCUAAUGUAGUAUUGCCUUCCUGGUGACGAGGAUAUUUGAAUUCAGUUAGGAUAACUCUAUCAGGACUGGAAAUCAAUUGAACCAAGUGUGUCCACUCUCCCUUAGGUAAUCAGUUGCGGUCAGUCAUCUUUAUUUAACUCGCUUCCAUUAUUAUUUGCACUGCUGUAAUUAGACAGAUGUUAUUCUGUAUAAAAAAUCCAAUUUUGGUAAUCCCUUCCAUUCUCCAGUCCUAGCAGGGUUACAUAUUAGUAUCAUUGUGAAAAAGUGCUGGGACCCAGUGGUGUGCUUGUGAAAUAAUCCAAUGACUUGUACUGUCUCGUCUGCUUGUCCAGAAUACAGAUUAGAUUCACGGUUUGUGCACUAGUAUUCAAAUACCUGUACAGUGUCAUUCAUCCGGAACCGUUCAUUCAACUCCUUGGCCAUUUCAUUUGCAAGUUCAAAACACAAAAUUAUAAAGUCUGCUAAUGAGUUUAUUAAGUAAGGUUGAUUGAAAAAAAACUGACCAGACCAGUUGCUUCUAGAAAUAACCAGCUUUCUAUCAAUGGUCAAUCAGCAUCUCCACGCAUAGUAAACACUUGCGUGAGUGUACAUUUGAGCAGUUCAUAGAAACUGUAUUUUUGAUACCUUUCGAGAUUUCUCAUUAACGACUAUAUCAUCGUUUAGUAGCAAACAGUUUCUGGUAUAAAUAUUACAGUUGGUCUUAUCAUAUUUUGUGGAAAUCAGGUUGACAUUAGUUCCUUAGGUAUACUGUAAACCCUAAAAUAUACCUGUGCGUUUUAUUUCACAAUUUUUGUGUUUGCAGUAGGAUGGAAGACAUACGGCCAUGAAAAAAAAAGAAGAAAUUACGGGGUUAUCAAACGCUAAAUUAAAAUUGUACAGGUAUACAAAAGUUGCAAUUUCCCAAAACUGAAAUAAAAUUGGUGCGAAAAUUUCUCAUUAACGACUUCUCAUUAACGACUAUAUCAUCGUUUAGUAGCAAACAGUUUCUGGUAUAAAUAUUACAGUUGGUCUUAUCAUAUUUUGUGGAAAUCAGGUUGACAUUAGUUCCUUAGGUAUACUGUAAACCCUAAAAUAUACCUGUGCGUUUUAUUUCACAAUUUUUGUGUUUGCAGUAGGAUGGAAGACAUACGGCCAUGAAAAAAAAAGAAGAAAUUACGGGGUUAUCAAACGCUAAAUUAAAAUUGUACAGGUAUACAAAAGUUGCAAUUUCACAAAACUGAAAUAAAAUUGGUGCGAAAAUUUCCAGGUUUACAGUAUAAUGCAGCCAAAAGUGAAUUGAAAGAUCUUGCACAUGUAACAUGGUUUUAUGGUGUUUUUCAGAUAGAUCUGGUCAAAGGUGCUUGGCUGAUGUCUUGCCUGGUCAGGCCUACCCUAAGGAUAAUCUAGUGUCAUGUUCCUGAGUUAAGUACCUUUGGCCAGAAUGAUAUGAAGAACACUCUCCAUCACAAUAGGAAGAUUAAGACCGGCCCUGUCUCCCAGAACGACAAUGAGGCGAUUCCCUCUUUUUGUGCGACGUCUUCUAAGGGCUUUAGUCACAGGAUGUCAAUGUUUGUAAUUGGAAAAUACAUUGAGCAUCGUUGAGGCAGGAGCCAGUCACUGGUGACUUUUAUAAAAUGUCUCUAUUUUGCAUUGUGCCUGUUGUCAGUUGUUCAUUUUGAAGGUCAUGUAAGAAGUCCUCUUUCCUAUUUCAUGCUCAUCCAUGUAAUGACCCCCGUAUCUAUAUCAAACAUGGCUGUAUAGACAUUCUUAAUAAAAAUUCCAAUCAUA